AUGGCCGACAACCAACCUGACGCCAAAACGCCUCCCACGAGUCUGGGAGGGCAAACGGGGGUGGGAACAGGAACCCCAAACACACUGAGCGAAGCAACGAGGGCACAAACAACACCAACACCCUCAAUAAAAGCGACGCCAUCAUCAUCAUUGCCUGCUAGAGCCUCAUCCUCAUCAUCAUCGGCACCAAUAAGGCAGAACACACCAACGCUCUCACAGACGUCUUCACAAACACCAACACCAUCACCACCGCCGCCGCCGCCGCCUCCACCACCACCACCAUCAAGUUCCGCCCGCCCUCUCACAACCUUCAUCAUCUCAACCACCACAAACGCAACAUCAACACCCACACCAUCCCUCUCCGACCCGCCACCGCUCCCCUCACCAACAUCCAUCCCCGGGGUGAUACCCAUCUCAACACCAGGCGUCGGCGACCAAAUCCCCACGCCAACACCAUCCUUCAUCCCACCGCCUCCAGCCCCCGUGAUACCAGAGACCACGCCCCUCAGCCUCGUUCCGACCCCGACGCCGACUCCCACGCCAAGCGGCAACGCCAACAGCGGAAGCGGCGGCAUCGCCUCGCCCAGUCAGGCCGAGACCUCGGGCGGCAGCAACGUGAAGCUGAUGCCGGCGCUGCCCAUCGCGUUGGGCUCCGUGGGCGGGGUUUUGAUCUUCGGGUUGGUGAUUGGGAUGCUGUACCGUAAGGGCAGGUGGCCGUUCCGCAGCAAGAGGAACUUUGCGCAGAUUGACGAGUUGGAGGUGGAGAGGCAGCAGGAGCUUGAGAGGCAGAAUAAGAUGAAGUGGGAUCCGAGGGUGACGAGGACGUACAGGACGCAGGAUGCGGGUGUCAACUUUUGA